AUGAUAGGGAUUAGGGUGGUUGGGUCUUUCUGGAACUAUCACCAACUUUCACGCAUAAAUUCUCUCUCUAAUUGGAGCGGCGACAAGGAUACACCUCAAUGUUUUUAUUUCAGUGUAGCACUUCCUCAUCGACCUCACUACUACAUAAGUCCAACGGAACAUGAAGAAUUGAGAAAACGUGUUAAGGCUUUACACGCUAAAGGGCAUACUCAUGAAAGUUUGAGUCCGCGUGGAGGUCAUCAAGCUUCAAACUUUAUUAGCAUAGGCGAGAUUUGGGACACUGCUGGCCAAGAAAGGUAUCGUGCCAUAACUAGUGCUUAUUAUCGAGGAGCUGUUGGUGCUUUGCUUGUAUAUGAUGUGACUCGACGUUCUACGUUUGAGAAUGCUGUGAGAUGGCUAAAAGAGUUGAGAGAUCAUACAGACCCUAAUAUAGUCGUAAUGCUCAUCGGCAACAAAUCAGACCUACGACAUCUCGUGGCCGUUUCGACUGAGGAUGGUAAAGAUUUAGCAGAGAGGGAGAGCCUCUACUUCAUGGAAACUUCUGCAUUGGAAGCAACUAAUGUCGAGAAUGCAUUCACUGAAGUCCUUACUCAGAUACACCAGAUCGUGAGAAAGAAGGCUGUCGAGGCUGGUGAUGAGACUGCUACUUCAUCUGUUCCAUCUAAAGGAGAGACAAUCAAUGUCAAAGACGACACUUCUACUUGGAAGAGAUUAGGAUGCUGUUCAAGUUAGGGAAUAUUUGCUCCUGCUGCAUCGUGUCAUUGUACAUUGUCUUCACAUCAUCGUUUCCGUAUUCUGGUUGGUUUGUUUACUGUAUUUGGUUGAAAUAUUGAUGAGUAGACUAGCCACAAAAAUGUAGGACGGGGUAUUUUCGUGGCAGUAACUGAUGAUAUAGUUCGAUUUGUCGACUCAUAGAAUGGGAAGGCAAGGUCUACUAUAAUAUGUUCUGGACUAUAACUUCGAUUUUCGACAAAUGUUUUCAGUAAUUUGUGUUAA